AUGGUAUCACCUAAAUCGCGAUCGCUCGCUAGUGCAGAUCAUAUUGAGGAGUCCAACACUACUGCCAGUCUGUUCUUAGGCGGCGUGCGGAGACACUGGAUGGGCCCGCAGGCUAACGCCCCGGAGAAUUCGGCCGCGCGAAAACCUCGCGUUGAGGUUGAUCCUCCAGUCCCUCCCAAAUCCCUUCCCAGCGAGACUGUCUUAAUGUCCCCCGUCACGCCUGGUGAGACCCUAACCCAACCUCCCGCACGUGGUCCUGUUGAUGCGGCAAAAAAGCCCGACACGCGACCGACGGCUCUUCCCUCACCGGUUCUCAGUACAAAUUCUCACCCAAGUCCCGUCAACGCCGAUGCGAUCAUCUCAGAUAGACCUUCCACGCUGCCGCCAAUCUCUACACAACUCACGGCACAGCGUGGCGAUGAUGAGCGCAUGGCGGUCCAACCUCCUCCGAGCGGGCUCACCGCGUCACAACGCGUGACCCAGUCCUCUCGAAUGGGAGCGGAUCGCCCCCCAGACUCCCCCUCGCUCACAGACACACGCACAGGUACUAGCACACAGCAACACGCAGUGUCAGGGUCACGACCUAGUCCGCUCCAGAAUGUGGGAGCUGGGAUUGCGGCUAUCCCCAAUGAGACAUGGGAACAAUGGUCUGCUCAAUUGAAUGCCUUGGUGGACGAUUUGUCUGCAAAGGGAGCAUUACCCCCUGCUCACUUGAGCCAGACCACUAUUGUUCGGCCUCGGAUUAACCUGUUGCAGCAGGCCAUUAAUCGUAAGGAUGCUUUCUAUUUGGUGAUACAUCAAUUGUACUGCCGAUAUAGCACGGAUGCAAGCACAUUGGGUCAAAUUAGAGUCCCCAACGCGGGCAUGAAAUUGCUCAGGCUUAUUCUGGAUGAUAAUGCAAAGAUGCAUGAUGGCGCUACCAAUGGAUUUGCCCAUUUCCCGGCAUCUCCACAGCAGUUGAUGCACACAAACUGGUACAUUCAGGUGCUGUCUGGUGUUCCUGAGUUUUUAGCACGGCUUGCGAAUGAAUGGCAUGGAAUCUUGCACCAGGCUCGUCAUCCCCCGUUGGUAUCUCACCUUUGGCAGUCACUCGCUUGUCCAUCUCAGAUUUUGAUGUCGGUGAUGUUCACGUGUGUUGCACGGCACCUUCACCAUGACAAAGACAUGGAUGCCCUGCUGAAGUUAUUUUGGAAAGAUUUGGAAGCUUUUGAGAAGUGUAGGGACUCUAGACUUCCCGGGACCACUCAGCAGGCUCUCAACUGGAAAUUCGUCCAAGAGUAUCGCAGCUUCCCGCCUAAAUACCUACCACAAACACCACAAACACCAUCCUCCCACUCUGCACCACCUCCUAGACCUCAGAAUCGAGCCAUGCCUCAAGCUACUCCAGGAGUACCUUCCUAUCCCAGAUCUUCGGUUGCUGGUGUCAGUCAACCUGCCACAAAUUCACCUGCUCCAAGCCCAAUUGGUGCACCUUUGCAGCAGCUUCCCUCAAAUUCCCCCCGGGGUCAGGUUGUUGGACCGGCUGCUGGGCCCUAUCAAUCUGGCGUAAACCCACAAAUGCAGAAUACCCCGCAAUCUCAUUACAAUCCCAUACCACAGGGGCAAGGGCCGAGACAGGAACACGGAUGGUGGUAUCCGGGGAGUCCACAUAUGAAUCAGCAACAGCAUAUGUAUCUGCAUACAAAUCCACAUAUGAACCCACAGAUGCAAAUGCACAUACAGACAUCGAUCGGACAAGUAGCAUCUUCUCCGAGGCACCAAUCACUGCCAGGCUCACAUGGUCAACAAAUACCUAGUCAACAAUUACACGGUCGAACAAUGACUCCAAUAUCGCCUGCUAACCCCUCCCUCCAAUCAAGUGCUCUCACCCCUACACAGUCAGCGCAAUUGCUCCAUGCUCCAUCGUCCAUAUCCACGACGCCGACUACAACAAGCCACAUGGCCCAGCACCCGAUGCCACCACAAAGGCCUAAUAACCAUCAUAACCGACAACAUUCGACGGCUUUGCAGUCGUCUGCUUCACCGGUCACACGUGCGGCUCAGGGACAGCAUCACCAGCCUUCGCUUAACUCUGCUUUCUUCCCGGUACCUGGCUACAGAGCACCUAUGACGGUGAAUCCAAAUCCAACGCGUCUCGGUCUACAUCUGGUUGAUCUUCGCGAUCCUAUGAAGAGGCUGGUAAAACAGGGUUCGGAUGGUAAUGACAUCGAGACUGAUUUGUUUACCUAUCUCAAAACAUUCGUUGUACACCCAACCAUCGUCAACGUUGACCAGCCAAUCUACACAUGGAAUUUCUCUUUCACGCAUGAUGAGCGCCAAAAGUUCCCACACAUAGCUCACGGGAAACAGAGCCAACAUUCGGUUUGGACCUUUAGGCCCGGUUGCCGGACUAUUCGCCUGCGAUGCAUUCGUCUUCCUGGCAAUCCGGACACUGUGGCGGAGAAGACCUGGUGUACUGCGAACACUUUCUGGCCCAGUGUCUUCUAUAUUAGCGUGAACGACAAAGAGCUCUAUGUGCGCCGAAAGGUUCACAACGGAAAAGAUCUGCCUUUGGACAUUACCGAGUACAUCAAAACAGGCGAAAACAGCGUACGGCUCGAUAUGAUCUUAGGACAGGAUGAGUGUAAGACCUCCAAAUUCGUCUUCGGGGUGGAGGUCAUGGAGGUUGCCGAGUUCGACCAGAUACUCAGCCUGAUCCAAUCCGUCCCAGCUGCCGAAUCUCGUGCAGCCAUCAAAAAGCGUCUUGCUCCUACCACCGAUGACGAUGAUUUGGCCGUGGUCACCGACAACCUCACGAUCGACCUGGUGGACCCUUUCAUGGCACGCAUCUUCGAUAUUCCCGUUCGCUCGCGCUAUUGCUUCCACCACGAAUGCUUCGACCGUGACACUUUUAUAAGAACCAGAAAUUCCGUAUCCGGCCCGACACCGAUGGUCGAUAACUGGCGCUGCCCGAUCUGCAAGGGAGAUGCACGCCCGCAGUUCUUGGUCGUUGAUCAGUUCCUUGUCGAUGUCCACGCCCAGCUUGCUAGAACGAACGGACUCGAUGGGAUUAGAGCAAUCCAGAUCAAAGUCGAUGGAACCUGGACCCCCAAGUACGACACUGAUGAGAUCUCGCCUGUGACAGACAACCCCUUCUCUCCGAAGCGCAAGGCUGAAGGCUCUUUGGGCCCUGUUCCCGUACGCCCUAGGAACAAUGUAUCUCAUGGCAGUCACAGCCCGGCUGUUCGCACCCAAGAACAUACGGUUAUUGAAUUGGACUAA